CACACACACACACACUGCAUCUCUCACACACACAUAAAGGGAGAAAGAGAGAGGGAGAGGAGGCGGAAACCUCCAUCUGCCCUGCUCGGUGACCGACCCGUCGUCUCCUCUCCGUGCUAACCGGGACGAACCGAGAGGAUAAUGUGACAAAAGAAGAAGGAGAAGAAGAAGGAGAAGAAGGAGAAGAAGGAGGGAAUGGUCUAUAUAUAGGCUGUGCCCCGGACUGCACCACCGCCACCUCCUCCACCUCCGCCGCCGCCGCCGCCACCUGCCCUCCCGGUACCGGUCAACGAGAGGCAGCAACAGUAAAUCAUGCUCUCGUCACGUCCAUAUGUUAAAAAACACACUCGUCUUAUUUUAGCAACACUGCCUUCCUCCUCUUCUUCCUCCUCUUCCUUCUCUCUCGCCAUCUCCUCUUCUGAGUUUUGACUCCCUCUCUUUUUACACACACACACACACACACACACUGAAAAAUGAAGCGUGGGUCGAGUGUGUUGCAGCCUCCCUCCUCUGAUGCAGCCAAACGUCACACACACCCUGCAAGCACACAACGCACAAAGACACACACGGCCGGCCAUGGCGAGCAGACACCGGACGCACAUGCCGCGGGUUCGAGUCCCUUCCCGGCGGCCACCUCUCUCUUCAGCCCGGAUGUCGGCACCAAGAUGGCGUCCGACCUCCUCAUCAGGCUGUCAGAGGCGACCCAGAAGGCCCAGAUGCAUCCUGGGAGGCAGGCGGAGGCGGAGCCUCAGAGGCGCGGCGCCCUGCCGGAGGGGCGCGGCGGGCAGCAGGACGAGCCGGGCCUCGCUCUGUCACCGGACGGCCCCGGGCCGAGUCCCGAGCCGCCGUCGCUGUCACACACACCCGACAGCAACGCUGCCACGGACACACUGGCCUCAGACCUGCUGAGGAAACUGGCAGAGCGUCAGGAAGUGAGCAGCCACGUGGUGAGGGUCAAAGAAGAAGAAGAGCCAAUGGAGGUCGACACAUUGGUCGCCCCUGACCUUGUCCAGGAUCGACCCAUCCCAAAAGAGGUACCCUCACCUUCCUCAAAGAUGGCGAGCCACCACAUCUUCAGCAUUAAAACAGAAGACCUUGGUCUUGGUGGCAAAAAGGUGGAGGAGAUGAAGAUAGAAGACACGUUUUACACCGGAGGCUGCCAGCCUGGAGCCAAGACGGCACACGGCGUUGUCUCUGGAGCCAACACGUUACAAUUCAGAGUGAAAAUGGAGGAUCAUGGCGUCUCUGGAACCAAGAUGGCGGACCACCUUCUAUCUGGGGCCAAGAUGGCGGACCAGCUUCUAUCUGGAGCCAAGAUGGCGGACCAGCUUCUAUCUGGGGCCAAGAUGGCGGACCAGCUUCUAUCUGGAGCCAAGAUGGCGGACCAGCUUCUAUCUGGGGCCAAGAUGGCGGACCAGCUUCUAUCUGGGGCCAAGAUGGAGGACCAGCUUCUCUUUAAAGCCAAAAUUGCAGAGCGGCCUUUCUCCGCCGCCAAGAUGAGCAACAAGUUUCUCUCAGGAGUCAAGAUGGAGAACCAGUUUCCUUCAGGAGUCAAGAUGGAGAACCAGUUUCCUUCAGGAGUCAAGAUGGAGAACCAGUUUCCUUCAGGAGUCAAGAUGGAGAACCAGUUUCCUUCAGGAGCCAAGAUGGAGAACCAGCUUCUCUUUGGAGCCAAGAUGGAGAACCGGCUUCUUCCAGAGGCCGUGCUGGCGGACCGCGUUUUCUCAGGAGCAAAGGCGGAGGAGCAGCUCUUCUUCGGAGCCAAGAUGGAGGACCAGUUCAACCCCGGAGCCAAGAUGGCCGACCAGUGCCUCAGAGCCGUGCUGUGGCAGGACAUGUCGGUGAACCUGGCGUCCACGCUGCUGCACCAGCUCUCAGAGAGAGUCAGUAAGACCAACAGCCGGCAGGAGGAGAGGACGACUCCGCCCCUCAGGAGCAGUCCGGUCCUGAAGGUGAAUGUGGACACACUCCGCUCCUCCCCCCUCUUGAGCUCCCAAGAACCUCCUCAUGAAACCAAAACCAGCCUCAGCAGAGAUCCAACCACAGGUUGCUCUUUCUUCUACAGGUGUCACGUGUGUGGCUUUGAGAUGGACGGGCGCAGCCUUUUCCAGAGUCACAUGACGGACCACCGCCAAUGGGAGCACGGCUCCUUCUCGCUGCACUGCUGCUUGUGCGACCACUCGACCAAUCAGGAGGCCGAGAUGAGGGCGCACGCCAACACGCACAUGCAGGGGAGCAUGGGAGCCGAUGGAGAGCUGAGAUGCCCCGUCACCUCGCCCUCCGGCGCUCCGUCAGUUGCCGUGGCAACCCGGCCGGGGACCGCCGGCGCCUCGGAGCCGCACCGCUGCCGCAUCUGCCAGAGAUCGUUUCCGGGGCAACAGGAGCUGCUGGUCCACUUCCAGGGCCACCGCCAGGGCAACCAGUACCGCUGCGACCGCUGCGGCCACCUGACGCGCACGGCCAACAAGCUGGUGGAGCACGUGCGCGUGCACACGGGGGAGCGCCCGUUCACCUGCGACCUUUGCCCCUACAGCGCCAAGCGGCGGGACAGUCUGCGCCUCCACUGCAAGGUCAAGCACCCCGGCCACGUGCACGCGCACCGCUCGUACGUGCACGCGGGCGACCAGCACUCGAACAAACACCUUCAGCGGCUGCACACGCCGCCGCACGCACACGCCGCCUCCUCCUCCUCCCUUCCUCCUCUUCAUCCCUCGCUCUCUGACCGGGCAGGGUGGAGGGAUUUGUCUCCUCUCCUCCCCAUCACCACGCUCAUCUCCCUGAAGCCACGCCCUCCUUCCUCUUCCUCUCCUUCAUGCUCCUCCUCUCCUUCCUCCUCGUCCUCCUCCUCCUCUUCCUCCUCUAAACACUCCUUCCUCGGUUACCUUGGCCUGACAACUCCUUUGUAAAUGCUUUUUUCCCUCUCCUCUUUCUUCCUCCUAUUCUCUCCUUCUCUCCUGCUUUCCUCUCUUUAUUUCCCCUCCUCCCCUUUCCCUUCUUCCACCCACUCUUCCG